GUUUUUUCCUUUUUUCUUUUCUCUUUCAAAAAAAAAAAAACUUUUUUUUUCGAUAAAUAUGGAUCGUAAUAACCAGUUUCCAGUUUAUGAUAGGAUUCCUCAGCAGACACCUCAACAGCCUUAUAAUCAAGGAAACAACUUUCGUCGUGAUGAUUAUGGAAACGGCGGUGGCCGCAGAGGAGGAGGCGGAGGAGGAGCUAUAAGAGACCAUAGAGGAAGACGCGGCGGAGGAAAUAAUAAUGAGCGCUUCAAUGACAAUCGUCCUUAUAAAAGAGGCGGCCGUCCUAUGGGUGGAAAUAGAGGCAAAAAUGAGUACCCAGAUGACGAGCCAAGAGCUGCGAGAGAAAAACCUUGUAGAACAUUGUUUGUCAGAAAUGUUCAGUACACAAUUCCUGAGAGUGAGAUCAGAAACAUGUUUGGAGAAUAUGGUGAAAUUAAAGAUGUCUUUAACUUGAUUGAAAACAGAGGCAUGAUUUUUGUUACUUUUUACGACGUCAGAGCUGCUGAGGAAGCUAAGCAUGCUAUGCAGGGCGUAUACUUGAGUGAUCGAAAGAUCGAUGUUCACUAUUCUUUGCCUAAAGAAGAAGAAGAAAAGGCAAGGUGUGAUAGAACAAAAAACCAGGGUACUUUGUUAUACACACUUAAAAAUACAAAUAAUGAGUUGGAUGACCAUGAGUUGCAGUCUUACUUUUCUCAAUUUGGUGAAGUCAAGGCCAUUCGCGUUCCAAAUUUCAAAAAGACCAAUACUCAUGUUGUGAGUCAUUUAGAUAGAAACCAACAACGUCUUGUUGAAUUCUUUGAUUCAAGGGCCUGUGUUGCUGCUUAUGAUGCUACUAUCGAUGCUGAGUAUAAGGGUGGUAGAUGGGAUGUGGCCUUCUUUUGGGAUCAUCCUUAUAAAGAACGUACUAAUUCACAUCAAAGACGAGAAAGAAACCCAGAUAGAGAUGAAAUGAAGAACAGAAGACGUGAUCACAUGAAGCGUGAUAAUUAUGAUCAUUACAGUGGCGGAGGUCAGCGUAUGGAUGAUCGCUAUGGCCCUUCUCCUAUGCAGCAGCAUUUAGAUCCAAGAUUGCAAUAUGCUCAGCAGCCUUCAUUACCUCCUUUACCUACUGGUCCUAUGGCAUCCACUUUGAGUCCUGAUAACCAAAGAUUAGAGCAAGCUCAAAAAGCACAACAUAUUCUGUCAAUGUUGGCUCAACAGCCUCCACCUCAACCACAGCCAAUUCCUUCAUUGACUUCUCCUUUCCAGCCAACAAACCUCCAAUCACCUGCUAGUCAGCAAGUACCACUACCUAUGCCUGUUGCUCCUCAACCAUUUGUUCCACCUGUCCCUCCUACAAAUGAUCAAGCUUCUCAGGUUCAACAACUAUUAGGUUUGCUGGUAAGUCUAAAUGAUGAUUGAAGUCGAGGUACCCAUACUAUUGCAUAGAAUCAAGCUGCCCAACAACAACAGCAACAACAUCAACAACAACAGCAGCAACAACAACAACCUCCACAACAACCUCAACAGCCUCAACAGCCUCUUCAAGCAUCGCCAUCAGUGAUUCCUCAGGGCGUAGCACCCAUUCCAGGAAUGGAUGCUACUACUGCAUUGCAACAAUUAGCUGCUCUACUUAACCAACAUCAACCCCCACAAAACCAAUAAGCGAGGCUACAAUUGAAUCCUCUCUAUUUUCAAACUUUUCCUGAGGCCUUUCUUUUCUAUCUCUCUCUACUUCCUUUUUAUUUUCCCCUUCUUGUACUUUGAGGUCAAGUUCUUGAAUCAUGAGUCCGUUCUGAAUAUCAUCCUCUGUCUUCAAGUGUCAAGCUGCUGUAGUAAUUCAACACUGUCAAGUCUAUUUCCAUUAGUAUUAAAAAAGAUUUCUCAAAAUUUUGUUCAUAAAAUCCAUUUAUAAAAAAAA